AUGGAGGGAGGUUCGGGCAGCACACAAAUGUACGUUGUUCCACUCCGCGCUUAUUACUAUUCCAAGGAUGAGAAGCUUUUGGUUUCCAACUACAUGCCUGCUGGCAGCUUGUUUACACUGUUGCAUGGUAGGGGUGAAGGAAGGACUCCCGUGGAUUGGGAUUCAAGAGUUAAGAUAUUCCUAGGAAGCGCUAGGGGAAUUGCCCACAUCCAUUCUGAGAGUGGUGGUAAAUGUAGCCAUGGCAACAUUAAGUCCUGCAAUGUCCUACUCACUCAAGACCUCGAUGGUUGCAUCUCUGAUGUUGGCUUGACUCCUCUAAUGAACUUCCCUGCUACCAUGUCCCGAACCACAGGAUACUGUGUGCCGGAGGUGGUCGAGACACGGAAGUUCACUCAGAAAGCUGAUGUUUAUAGCUUUGGUGUGCUCCUCCACGAGAUGCUGACAGGCAAAGUCCCAUUCCAAUAUCCAGGACACCAUGAUGUGGUUGUUGAUCUCCCAAGAUGGGUCCGGUCUGUUGUCUGCGAGGAAUGGACAACUGAGGUUUUUGAUGUGGAGCUGCUGAGGCACCAACAUGUUGAAAAGCAGAUGGUGCAGAUGCUUCAAAUUUCACUUGCAUGUGUGUCAAAGUCGCCUGACAUGCGACCCAAUAUGGAUGAUGUUGCCAAGAUGAUAGAGGAAGUUCAGCAAUCUGACGUGACCAACCGCCCAUCUUCUGAAUCCGAGUCUAAUUUGCAAACCCCAUGA